GGCAGUGAUCCUGAGAGCCAGCAUGGGCUUCAAACCCUCUGAACAUCCAUGGGGGAGUACAGUGUCACUGCCUGGAGUCCUUCCCUGUCCUGGGGAGGGUGAGUUCCCCAGACUGGAAAAGAGAACAAAUGGCAGCGUGUGCAGCAGGUAGGCUGAGACACCUGGACGCGUGGAGUGAGCUGGUGGUGCAGAUCUCAAAUCCCAGCUCAGGCUGGACCAGGCCUAAGAGUUUAAACAAGGCUUCUCUUUGCUCCUGCAAAGAACAAAUCUUCAUCUGCAUGUGGCACUUUGGAUCUGAGGCUUCAUUCAGCCUGUGUAUGGAGCACAGCAUCCUCCGCUGGAUUCCCGGCUCACCAAAAACUUCAUCAAGGACCGCUCCAAGGCCGCCGGGCUGCCCAUGAAAAGCAAGAAGGCCUCCAGCUUCCACGAGUUUGCCCGCAGUACCAGCGACGCCUGGGACAUCGGGGAUGACGAAGACGAGGACUUCUCCUCCUCCUCCUCCUCGUCCUCUUUGCAAACUCUGAACUCUAAGGUGGCCAAGGCCACGGCAGCGCAGGUUCUGGAGAACCACAGCAAGCUGCGGGCCAAGCCCGAGCGCUGCCAGCCUGCCCUGGGGGACCUGCCCACCAACUGCAAGGUCAUCAAGUCCAGCAGCGAGGCCCAGCUCUCCAGGACCUCUGAGGAGGGCUGUGUGCGGAGCCCCCUGCAGAAGCAGCAGUCCCUGCCCCUCCGGCCUGUCAUUCCCCUCGUGGCUCGCAUCUCUGACCAAAACGCCUCCGGGGCUCCCCCUAUGACCGUGCGGGAGAAAACGCGCCUGGAGAAGUUCCGGCAGCUCCUUUCCAGCCACAACACCGACCUGGAUGAGCUGAGGAAGUGCAGCUGGCCUGGUGUGCCCAGAGAGGUCCGGCCUGUGACGUGGAGGCUGCUGUCAGGCUACCUCCCGGCCAACUCGGAGCGCCGCAAGCUGACCCUGCAGAGGAAGAGGGAGGAGUACUUCGGCUUCAUCCAGCAGUACUACGACUCCCGCAACGAGGAGCACCACCAGGACACCUACAGACAGAUCCACAUUGACAUUCCAAGGACCAACCCACUCAUUCCCCUCUUCCAGCAGCCACUUGUCCAGGAGAUUUUUGAGAGGAUCCUGUUUAUCUGGGCCAUCCGCCACCCAGCCAGCGGCUAUGUGCAGGGCAUCAACGACCUGGUCACCCCCUUCUUUGUUGUGUUCCUCUCUGAGCACGUUGAGGAGGAUGUGGAAAACUUUGAUGUGACAAACCUGUCCCAGGACGUUUUACGGAGCAUCGAAGCCGACAGCUUUUGGUGCAUGAGCAAGCUGCUGGAUGGGAUCCAGGACAAUUACACCUUUGCACAGCCAGGGAUCCAGAAGAAAGUGAAAGCCCUGGAGGAGCUGGUCAGCCGGAUCGAUGAGCAGGUACAUAAUCACUUUAGGAAGUACGAGGUCGAGUACCUGCAGUUUGCCUUUCGCUGGAUGAACAACCUGCUCAUGAGGGAGCUGCCCCUGCGCUGCACCAUCCGCCUCUGGGACACCUACCAGUCAGAGCCAGAAGGAUUCUCCCAUUUCCACCUGUACGUCUGUGCUGCCUUCUUGAUCAAGUGGCGGAAGGAGAUCCUGGAUGAGGAAGACUUCCAAGGCCUUUUGAUGUUGCUACAAAACCUGCCCACGAUACACUGGGGUAAUGAAGAGAUUGGGCUGCUGCUGGCUGAAGCCUACAGACUCAAGUACAUGUUUGCAGAUGCCCCGAACCAUUACCGCCGAUAGGUGCCCAGAGUGGCUCCUCCCCCUGCCCGCCCCUUGGCCUGGCCCGAUCUGAUCACUGUGGCAUUUUUGUCAUCCCGACUCCUCGGACACUCCAGCCAGCAGCUGCUCUUUGCUGUACAAAGCUCACCUGAACUCCUGUCUUAACUCUGAACGUGUGCCUGUCUGCCACUCCAUGCGCCUGGAUGUGCCAUUUGACAACUCUCAGUAUUUCACUCCGUGCUGGUGGCUCACGCCAGGAAGGGCUGAGAGAGAACAUGGGGGAAGCUUUACAGAUAAACUGAGCCAGAGACGAAGCCCUCCUGUCCUCUCCACUCCCUGUGCUGGGCUUGUCUGGCUGGGACCACUCCACUUCAGCUUUGCUGCCUCCCGUUGCCCUGCCCCAUCUGCUCCCUCCUCUCUCCUGACACCGUUUGCGCCAAGUCCCAGAUGAAAAUGCCUUAUCAGAGACCUGCCUGGCAGCAGAAUCCUUCCCCACCAGGGUGGCAGGGCAAGAAGUUUCUCUCAGGGCCUACCUUCGCUCCGAGGGUCCAGAGACCCCCCAGGCACUUUGUGGGUUCACAGGAGAGUCCCUGGUGCCUGCCCUCCCUCAUCUCCAUCCUCUUCGCCUACCUCUCCCCCAGGGCAGCAGGGCAGGCACGACGGGGGCCACGACCACUCCAUCCUCACACCCCUGGAAUGACACAUGCCAGCCUGGUGGAACUUUUGGUGACUGAUGGGGGUGCUGGUAGGGGAGCAACAUCUCUCAAAAACCUCCUGACAAGGUCCCGCUCCUCCGAGGCGUUCUGUGUAUAUUGUGUUCUUGUGUAUAUGGGUCAAAGAUGUACAAUAUAUGUCUUCUCUUUGUAGCAGAUUUUAUAUUUAUAACAUGAACCCCUUGUUCUCCCCA